AUGAACCGUCCACCCGCAGUCCGACCGGGUACAGCCAUCCGACGCUCUUCCAUCCACCUGGACGACUAUUCUCCCAUUUCCAACCUGGAAGAUUGGGACGUGCAAGAAUGUAUAGGACAGGGUAGUUUCGGGGUGAUACACAAGGUUCAGAGGAAGUCGGAUGGAUAUAUUGCGGCCAUGAAGCAACUAGACUAUUCUAAGCUCUCCCCGAAAGAUCGACGUCAGAUGGUCGAGGAAGUACGAAUUUUGGGGUCAUUACGGAACAAACACGUCGUUCAGCUCAUCGACAAGAUUAUGGAUACGGCGACGUCGAGGUGUUUCAUCAUCAUGGAGUUCUGCGGCGGAGGCGACCUGGGAAAGAUCCUCGACAGGUACCGCCAUCGCGGCAAAUCCAUCCCGGAACACAUCGUCUGGAACUAUUUCAUCCAACUCACUCAGGCUCUUCAUCACUGUCAUCAUCCCGAAGACCGUCAUCUCCCUUCAUCUUCUUCUUACGCUUCUCCUUCUCGUACUUCAACCUCGCCGGACACAGCAACUGGGAUCCCAGGGUCAUCGUUUGAGAGGAAAUCGAGCAUCGUACCUGGACGGGAGAUGGGUUUGAGGAGAAAGUUGGAUUCGUUGGAUAUCAGCCCUGGAGGCGGAGAUCCGUUGGGUUUGGGAUUGGGAGGUGGAACGGCAAGGCGGAGGAUGGACGUCAAGGCUAGUUCGGCUGGGCAGGUUUUGCAUCGGGAUUUGAAACCUGAGAAUAUCUUCCUGGACGCAGACGACAACAUCAAACUCGGAGAUUUCGGGUUGAGCAAGAACUUGGUAGCGGGUGCUUUCACACAGACAUACGUUGGAACUCCGCUCUAUAUGCCCCCGGAGAUCUUGAAGGAGAGCAAGUACGAUCACAAGAGCGAUAUCUGGAGUUUGGGAUGCUUGGUGUACGAGCUAUGUACUCUGUCAUCACCAUUCGCUUCGGCUAAAUCCCAGACGGAAUUGUUGUCCAAGGUCAUGCAUUCGAAAUGGACGCCGAUCGGUCCUGCGUACAGCUCGGGGUUGAGGGAUCUUGUUACGAGGAUGUUAUCGAUCGAUCCGGCAAGACGGCCUUCUACCAGGGACUUGCAAAACUCGCCGGAUAUGAAGCAUUGGAAGAAGGAACAAGAUCGACAACGGGUCAAGGCUGAGCAGGAUAGGAUCGCCGCCGAGCUUGAGAAGAAAGUGGAUCAACUCGUGGCUAUCAAGGAGGCCAUCAUCACCCGAGAAAAGACUUGUGCAGCAAAAGAGCAGGCCUUUUCAACAAGAGAGCAAGCCUGCGUGGCAAAAGAGCAGGAACUAAUCGCACAGCAGGAACACAUCCAAGCGGUCUGGAGACAAGAACAAGACAGCAUGAGCGCACAGAGGGCUCAACUGAAUGCCGACUAUGAGAAGAUGUCGCAAGAACUUCAGGAAGAUCGAGCACGGAUUCAAGCUCGGCAAGCAGAGUUGGCGGUGAAGGAGAAGGAUUUGACGAGUCGGGAGAGGGAGCUGGUUUGGGGAAGGCGGGAGUUGGAGGCGGGGCGUGCGGAUCUGGAGACGGCCAUGGCGAGAUGGAACACGGAAAAGGCUACGGCGAGCGGGUCAGAUGUCAAGUUGCCCGAACGAAGCAAGUCUGCGGCCACUGCCACGGUUUCAUCCGGCGUCAAUCAAGCUGUAGCCCGUCCGCCACUUCAGGAGCGAUCUACCGUUCCUAAUGUCGUCUUGAACACGAGUAAACCGAGAAAAUCGUCUCCACUCAACAACCCUUCGCUAGACUUUAUGGACCUAGACUCGCCUGCUCGAGGCCAUUUCGCUUCAGCCAGUCCGUCUUUACGAAGCGGUAUCCCUCGAGCGAGUCCUCGAUCCGACACAUUCGCCAAAAACGGGACGCCACUCAGACCUUCAGGACGCCUGGCGACAAAGUCGUUCAACGACCUGCGUGCUCGUGCGAAGUUGGACGCCGAGUCGGUCCCGUCUUCGCCCGUACCUGGUGGAAAUGAUAGUUUGGUCAUGAUGGAUUUGGGUACCCCGGUCGGUCAGAUCAGGUCGCGGUCGCAUCCCAACGACUUUUCAGGCGAGCCUGGAUUCGACCUUGACAAGCUUCAGACUACCAAUUCUGCCAAGUUGAACCAGUCGCUGGCCGAGGCGGCACGACCCGAUUGCAACGAUAUCGAUCUGCUCUUCUCCCGGGGCGAGGGCAAGCAGACCGACUUUGGCGCUCGACUGAAACUUGGUCGACCCGCUCUCAACCAUGCCAACACGACGAUCGCGGGACCGAGGGUCUCUGGGGGCAAGGUGUCCAAGAUCCCCUUACCCACCGCCGAUUUUGUCUACAAGGAGAACGCCACGCCGGCCAAGUGGAGCUUGUCCGACGAUGACAUUCCGAGUCCUUUCCUCAAGCAGACCAUGCCGUCUCGACCCAUCUUGACGGGGACGGCAGCUGGUAGUCCUACACCGCGAGAAAGGAUUAUGCCGAGGUCGUCAGGCCCUACGGACGGUGGGUUCCGACCGACCUCGACGAGGAACUUGCUCAAGGUCGCCAUCAAGAAUCGGCAGAGCGGGGAGAUGAUGAGGCCUGAGGGUCUGAUGUCGCCGAGCGCCUCGACGGUGGAUCGACUGCUUUAG